AUGAAGAAUUCCAUAGUCAAUUCGAUCAGCAGUCGAGGAAAUCAAAUAGCUUCAAAUCAACAGAGAAGUUACGAAUCGGAUUUUUCAUACGAUGAAGACGACGACUCAGAUUCAGUACAUGCGGGUCAAUUUAGAACGGUAAACAAUACCGACGUAGACCCGGUUAUCAAGCUGAUAGACACAGUGCUAGAUGAUAAAAGUCAAGGUUCCUCACUUGAUCAUAACAAUGCUCCCGUGGAGAAAAUAGCCACAUCUGACGAAGAUCCUUCUUCAUCCAUCGUUAUCUUUUCUCCGGACACUGAUGUCCUUGUGAUUGCCGUCACUCAUGCAAAUAUGUUAUCAACAAAAUGCUUUGUAGAAUUAACACGUUCAAGGCGAGUAGAUGUUCAUAUUGGUUGCGAUACAAAGGUAAAUAUUCCAACUUUUGGGAAACACGGAAAAAUUGGCACUCACAAACUAAAGGACAAGACUAUUGAGUUGAAGGAACAUCGUGGAUUAUUUGCAAGAUGUGCAAUAGUGGGUACAUUCGAUAUUUCUAAACUAACUACUAAAAGACUUUUGUCUCACAUUGAAACAAAGAAGCAAAUAGUAACAUUUCUUGCUUAUGAAGCCAGUAGAAUGCUCCAGGCUGAGAAGAGAUUAUUUACCAUUUCAUUCAAUGGAAGUAACAUAGGAACGAUACGAUUUACAGAAUAUAACCACGAAGAAGCAGGUACUGUUAUGAUUUUACAUGCAGUCGAUAUUUCCAGAGAUCCUUCUUCACCCAUCGUUUUCUUUUCUCCGAACACUGAUGUCCUUGUGAUUUCCGUCACUCAUGCAAAUAUGUUAUCAACAAAAUGCUUUGUAGAAUUAACACGUUCAAGGCGAGUAGAAGUUCAAAAGAUCUAUCAAAUCUUAGGAAAAGAUAGAAGUAAAGCUCUUGCUGGAUUUCAUGCUUUUAUUGGUUGCGAUACUGUAGGUAAAUUUGCGGGAAAAUCUAAAACCACUUGGUGGAAACAGUUUCAAAAAUGUUCACCAUCUAUCGUAUCAGCUUUCUGCAAUCUGGGAGAAUUUGAAACUCUUGACGACUACAUUGUUGAUAGCCUUUCAAUAUUUGUUGCUAAUUGUUACUGUCCAGGAAGUCAAUCUUUAGAAGAGGCAAGGUGGAAGAGUUUUUGCAGGCAUCCUGAUCAGUGUGAGAAAAUCCCACCAACUAAAGGUUCCCUAAUCCAGCAUCUUUUAAGAGCACACCAUCAAACAUUUAUCUGGCGAAACGCAGUGAACCACGAACCGUGUGUGUUAGACCCAUUAAUGAGCGGUUGGACUAAAGAAGUUGAUUGUUACCAACCAUUAACAUUUAAUGGAGACAUUGCUCCCAAUCGCAACAGGCUACAUAACAGCCCCGACUAA